AUGGUGAAGCGGUGUGCUUGGGGAACAUGCAACAGUGAUUCGCGUUACCAGGAUCGUCAUCAUAUGAAGGAUGUUGUCUUUUAUCCCAUUCCCAAACCUAAAUCUAGACGGGAAGAGAGUUCGAAGUGGGUUCAUGCAUGCAGCAGGAAGAACUUCACGGUGAAAGAUGUAAACAAACACAGUUAUGCAUGCGGUAAACAUUUCGUUGACGGCCGACCAACCGAUAGGAACCCUUUUCCAACGAAAGCUGGCCAUAGUUCGACGACUUUUCGGCCAAGGAGAAGGCCCCCUUUGGUAAGGUUAGUGCAUGAAAACAACAUUAGAACUGUUAGAAGUCUGGAGGAUAAAGUCCCUACCCCGUCCAUGUUUGAAGAGGUCUGUGACAGUUUCACGUCAGCUAUGGAAAUCAAUGAAAGUCCGCCAGAUGGUGGUGAUGAUGAUGAUGAUGAUGGUAAGUUUGUAUGUUUGUAGAAUUUGUAAUUAUCUAUGACAU